AUGGGGAUCUGCCUCAGCGCCGAGGCGGGGGAGGUGCCGCGAGCGGCCGAGCUCGGGCUGCCGCGCAACUUCACGGUGUUCAAGGAGCUGGGGGCGGGCGGGGAGGGGCGGACGUACCUCGUGCGGGAGAGGCUGGGCAACGGCAGGUCGGAGCUGUUCGCGGCAAAGGUGGCACCGCGCGGGGCAGGGCUUGACGUCGGCUACCUCCUGCAGGGGAUCAAGAAUCAAUGCGCCCUCAGUCACGUGAACAUUAUUCGGCUCCUGGAGGUGAUCUUGACGCACAGCCACGUGAUAAUCAAGCUGGAAUACGCGCAAGGAGGGGAGUUGUCGGAUUACAUCGCGAGGCAGCACGCCCAGUCCUCCAGCCAGCAGCUGUCAGAGGAGCAUGCACGCUUUCUGUUCAUGCAGAUGCUGGAUGCCGUUGCCCACUGCCAUGAACGGGGCAUCGUGCAUCGAGACAUCAAACUGUCGAAUGUGCUCCUCGAUAGCGGCAAGUGCCCAAGAGUCAAGGUUUGCGAUUUUGGUCUUUCAAGGGAAUUAUUCACUGGGGACUCCAGGUGUUGCCCCCCGGCGGGCACGCCGAUGUAUAUGCCGCCUGAAGUGUUGAAGAACGUCGUGCGUCGCGCCCAUACCCAACACGAUCCAGUGAAGUCAGACAUGUGGAGCCUGGGGGUCCUGCUGUUCACCAUGCUCCUUGGAAGGUUUCCCUUCGGCGCUCAGAAGCCCUUCGGCGGUCCGGCCCUCUCCCGCGGCGCCGGGCGCCUCACCCGCAGCCAGGGCAACAUCUCCGCCGGAGCCGCCGGCCCGCGAGACUUCCAGCGCUCCGACUUCCGCUUCCUGCUGCGCAACAUGGUCAAGGCGCACAGCUCCGACCUGAAGCGCCUGCGGUCCGAGACGUGGGGCACGCGCAAGCUGUCCCCGGACUGUCGCGACCUCAUGGACGGCCUGCUGGCCAUGGACCCCUCCAAGCGGCUCGGCCUGGCGGACGCCUUCGCCCACAAGUGGGUCAACGGCCCCCUGUUCCUGGAGCACGCUCAGACGAUCGCGCGCGGCAGGGAGGAGAUGGAGAAGAGGCAGGAUGAGGGCGAGGGGGUGAAGGGGGCCAAGGCGGGGCUCGAGGACGAUGCGGAGCUGGCGGCGAUUGCGGCGAUGGCCGCCGCGGUGGGAACGCCCGGGGACGAGCUGCUGCGCUGGACGCCGCCGCGCGAGAGGGCCGGCAGGGAGCAGGCCGGCGUGGCAGACGAGGAGCUGUUCGACCUGCCCGGCGGCCUAAGGGACCGGGCCAUCUCCAUCUGA